ACUAUGUGUAGACGUAGGCAGACAUCUAUAUAGACAUCUAUUAGAUGAAGUCUUCGAGGAAAUGAUAAAUGGAUUAUAACUUUGUACACGGGAUCUCUCGAUAUGGCGAGUGGAAACUCAGUUUCAAAACUGAAUGUUACUUUGGCAUCAGAUGUUGAUGGCUGGAACAAAACUGUCAAUGGACAGUUAGUAAUUGAAUUGGGAAGAAAUGACAGGCUCUGUGUGACUGGUUUUGUGCCAAAGAACACACAACAACAGCGAGAACAUGCCAGAAGUCUAAACAUUCAACUUGUUGAAUCUAAGGACCAUGAUGGAUUUUCAUCAGCAGAGCUACUGUGUUUUCCUCCUGAUAAUCUUAAUAUUGAUGUUCUUUUCAUACAUUCUCAUGGAACUAAUUUGGGUCGACAAGCUCAAGCCAUAAAAGAUUUGAAGAAAUGCAAAUGGGUUCAGGUUGUGCAUUCGUUUCAUGAAGAAUGUCAUACAGCUAGGUAUGAAAAUGAAAAUGAACUGCAAAGGAAAAUGUGUGAAAAGGCUGAUGCUGUUAUUGCAAUUGGUUCAAAGACUGCAGAAUCAUGUAGACGAGCACUGCGUUAUUCCUUAAAACAGGAAAAUGUCAUCAACCUCACACCAGGUGUUUGUGAAGACCUUAUUGGUGUGCGCCGGGUUUAUGAGGAUUUGGCAACCUUCCAUGUGCUAAUAAGUGGAUCUUUGAGUCAUUUUAGCAUCAAAGGAUGUGAUGUUGCAGUGAAAGCAAUCAAAUUAUUGAAUACACCAUCUUAUCACCUGACUGUUGUUGUGAAGUCACAUGAUGAGACUGCUGGCAUUACAAAGGCUUUGCUUAAUGAGGGGAUCAAUUCACAACAACUGGAUGUGUGUGUUGCUGGAAGCCGUGAAGAGUGGCGAAAAUUGAUGUGUAAAGUGGAUCUUGCCAUUAAACCUUCAAGAAAUGAAGGAUUUGGAAUGAGUGGUCUUCUUGCCAUUUCUGCAGACUUACCUGUGCUGAUCAGUGAACACUGUGGACUUGGCAUGGUUCUAAAGACUGUGUUAUUUGGAAAUUCACACGUGGUGGACUCAGUCAAACCAGAGGUUUGGGCUGACAGGAUACAGCAAGUCAGAGAUAAAGACCCAGAACUUCGCCGCGAAGAAGCAAAGCAACUGAGGGAUGGUUACACACAGAAGUUCAACUGGAAGAAUCAAUGUGAGAAAGUAGUGGAGACUCUGUGUAAACUUGGCCAAAAGAUUGAGGGACCUACAGAAAAGCAGGACCAAGAGGAGGCAGUAAUGAAACUUACUAAAACAGUUGAAAAGACCAACUUAUCUGAUGAAAGCUCUACCAGAGAGGAAAAAGACACUAAGAUGAAACAGGAUGUGGUAGAUGCUGGAAGAAGCCUGGCAAAUGAACGGCUGUCAAUGAGUGUCAGAAACUUACCUCUACCAGUAUAUUCGAGAGUCUGUUUGUCACUGAAUGUCCUGAGAGAUGUGCGAUGGGAUGACUUUCGAAUGCUGGGUGAGAAAGUUGGGCUCUCUAGAGAUGAGAUUGACUUUAUACAACAGCAGAGAAACCCCACUGAUGAAAUUCUGAAAACAUGGUCAUCAAAUCCCCAUGAGGCAACAGUGGCAAAAUUGAUUGAACUUUUGAAACACAAAGAUUUUAGAAGAAUGGAUGUGGCACAAAUACUUGAAGAAUGGGUUUCUGAGAUGAAUGAGAAGUACAAUAAUUAA